AUGUCUGACGUCGAAACGGACACGAAAAUUGCGCCAGAAAUCAUUUCUCCAGCAAAGACUUUGGAGACAGCGGAAGACAUUGAGCGUUGCCGUCAAGAGGUACUUGGACACUACACGCAGUUCCAAGAACGUGCCAAAAUCAAAAAAGGGCGUCUCGAAGAGGCUCGGCGAUAUCAGUAUUUCAAACGAGAUGCGUACGAGUUGGAGAUUUGGAUUCUUGAGAAAUUGCAGUGGACUCAAGAGGGAUCGUAUGAAAGUACUGCAAAUCUUCAGGCCAAACUUAAGAAGCAUGAUACGCUCAAGGCAGAAGUUCGUGCUCACGCUAAACUCAUCGACGACUUGGACAAGACAGGAAAUGGGAUGAUUGAGCUUGGGCAUUUUGCCAGCGAAGAGGCUUGGGUAAACGCCACAGAUAUGGAUAUGGAUAGCAUGAAUUCGGAACAAAUCCAAGAGCUUCAGCGCAGAUUCGAAAGAUUUUCAAAGAACUUACAAAAUCAUUUUUACCUCAUAAACGAGAUCAAUGAAGAAGCUGACAAGUUGGUCGGAGCUGGUCAUACGGAGCACGAACGGAUUUACAAGAAACGUGAUGAAGUAAACGAGACUUGGCAUCGCCUCAAUACUCUCGUCGCGACGAAGAAAGAAUUUCUCUUUGGUGCGCAACUUCUACAGAAUUUUAGCAAAGAUGUGGAUGAUACAAUGGCAUUGAUCGCAGAGAAGGUUACAGCUCUUUCAAGUGAUGACUAUGGCCGCGAUCUAACCAGCGUGCUAGCUCUGCAAGGAAAGCAUAAGGGGAUUGAGCGGGACCUGACUAUUUUGGAGGGCAAGUUGUAUCAGCUAGACAAGGAAUCCACACAUCUGUCUGCAGCUCAUCCCGACCGAACGCAAGCAAUUGGUGCUAAAAUCGGUGAAGCUAAAGAACAUUGGGAAGCUUUGAUCAAGAAGGCUCGCAUUAGAAAGGAUGGAUUGGACCGUAGCUUACAGCUGCAUCGUUUCCUCGUUGACUAUGAGAACCUUUGCUCCUGGGUUAAUGACAUGAAAACUAUGAUUUCCGCUGAUGAGCUGGCUGAAGAUGUUACGGGUGCCGAAGCACUUCUAGAUAGACUGCAAGAAUACAAGAGAGAGAUAGAAGUUAUGGAGGAUAGUUUCAAACAAAUCGUCCUUUGUGGGCAAGCUCUUCUAUCUUUAGGUACCCCAAGAAAUGAUGAGAUUCGUCAAAAACUGGAACAGCUCGAAAGUGAAAAGGUGGCUCUUCGUGCUCUGUGGGAGAAACGCCAAAAUCUUUACCAACAAUGCUUGGAUCUUCAGCUGUUUUAUCGUGACACAGAACAAGCUGAGAUAUGGAUGGAAAGACAGGAGGCUUCCCUUGCUAACGAAAAUUUUGGUGAUUCUCUUGAUGACAUCGACUCACUUAUCAAAAUGCACGAAAGCUUCGAAAAGUCUUUGGGGAAGCAUUAUGCUGCUGAUGAUGUAUCCAGGAGACGUCACGAUCUUCUGAAUAGACGUCGCCGACUAAUGGAGCGAUCAGCUGAUCGUGCUCGUAAACUCCAAGACAACUACAAGAAAUUGACAUUCAGUAGUGACUGCGAUGAAUUGGUCUGUUGGAUCAAGGAAAAACUGCAGAUCGCUAAAGAUGAAUCGUACUUUGAUCCAACGAACAUUCGUGGAAAACUGCAGAAACACAAGAACUUUGAGCAAGAACUCAAUACAAACCGCGAUCGUUUGAGCGAAAUCAACAGCGUUGGGGCUCAGUUGAUCGAAAAUUGUCAUCCCGGAGCUGAUGACGUACGACGCCGCCUUCGAGAUGUAGAUGAACUGUGGAAUGAGUUGGUAGACGCCACCAAUAAGAAAGCGGUGACACUUCGUGAAGCAUGUGAAGAGCAGCAAUUCAAUCGCAAUGUCGCAGAAGUGGAGCUGUGGCUUAGCGAGAUCGAAGGCCACCUCGCACAUAGGGAUUACGGGAAGGAUCUGUUUUCUGUCCUAAACCUGCAAAAGAAGGUUGCACUGCUGGAAAGCGACUAUCUGGCACAUCAGGAUCGUCUUGAUGACAUCAAAGCGUUGGCGACAAAGUUUGCCGACGACAAACAUUUCAACACUCCGGCCAUCCUCUCUAAACAAGAAGGUCUGCUUGCGAGAUACGAGAGUCUUCGUGGUCCCCUGGAAGAACGUAAAAAUAAAUUAGCCGAAUCUCUACAAGGAAAUCAGCUACUAAGCGAUAUUGAAGAUGAACUUUCAUGGAUCAGGGAGAAAGAACAGCUGGUUGGCGCGGGUAAUCGAGGCUGCGAUCUUACCGGAGUCCAAAGACUGAUAGGGAAGCACCAAGAGAUGAUUACUGAAAUAGCCGAUCAUGAAUAUCAAACUGAUAAUGUAUCUAAGACAGCGGAAAAUAUGAUUCAAAAGGGUCAUUUUCUUGCUACUGAAGCCCGCGACAAACUUGCUGAACUUCGCGAAAACUGGAAAAAUCUGAAGGCUAAGGCGGAGCAGCGCACUGAAGAACUGAAUUACUCUCUCCAAGCCCAUCAGUACCUUGCUGACGCAAACGAGGCUGAGGCUUGGAUGGCAGAGAAAGAGCCAGUCGUUGGUUCCACCGUUUAUGGAAAAGACGAAGAUUCAGCCGAGGCACUUCUCAAAAAACACCAAGCUCUCAUGUUUGAUCUUGAUGCAUUUAAAAUGACUAUCCAUAACCUGAAAAAGCAAGCAAGUCAAUGCAAGGGCCACGAAUAUCUUGUUGAAAAGCUUGUUCAACAAUGUGUUCUGGCUUUGUACGACUACGAAGAAAAGUCGCCACGAGAGAUUUCUAUGAAAAAAGGAGAUGUGCUGACUCUACUAAACGCUGCGAACAAUGAUUGGUGGAAGGUUGAGAUAAAUGAUCGCCAGGGUUUUGUUCCAGCUGCUUAUGUAAGGCGUAUUGAGCCCGGUACUGGUCAUAGUGGCCAACAACAAGUUAAUUUCAUUGGUGGUAAACAGGACGAUAUUGAAGACAAAUACCGGCGUUUGAUGAUGCUCGGAGAAAUGCGCAAGAGAAAACUCGAAGAUACUUGCAAGGCCUACCAACUUCUCAGAGAAGCCAGAGAUCUUGCAGAAUGGAUCAAGAGUAAGGAAGCAGUUGCUGCGCAGGAGGGGAUUGUAACAGAUCUUGAGCAAGUGGAAAUGAUGCAGAAAAAUUUCGACGAUUUCAAAGAUGAGUUGAAAGCGAAAGAAAUUCGCCUACAGGAGAUGAACCAGAUUGCUACUACACUAACUUCUGUUGAACAGACUGAAACAGCCGUGCGUAUUCGUCAACAAAUUGAUGACCUAAAUGUUAGGUGGCGCUCUAUAGAAGAACAAACUGAACAGCGGGAGCAGCAGCUUGCUUCCGUCCAUGAAGUUCAGCGCUUCCACCGUGACAUCGACGAGGCUAAGGAUUGGAUCCGCGAAAAAGAUGUUGCAUUGGAUUCGGACGAUUUUGGCCGUGACUUACGCUCUGUACAAGCUUUGAGAAGGAAACAUGAAGGCAUUGAAAGAGAUCUGGCUGCUCUAGGGGACAGCAUCAAAGAUCUUGAGGAGAAAGCAAAUCGUCUUCGUCAAAGUCAUCCAGAAGCAGCUGAACAGGUCUACGAUUUGCAAUGCAAACUCAAUAAGCAAUGGAAUAGACUUACUGCGAAAGCUAACAAUCGCAAAGAAAAACUUCUCGAAUCUUACGAUUACCAGAGGUUCCUCACUGACAGUCGUGACCUCAUGCAAUGGAUCUCGUCUAUGAAGAGACUUGUGAGCAGCCAGGAGCUCGGUGAUGAUGUAACUGGAGCUGAAGCGCUUCUGGAGAGACAUCAAGAGUACCGCACAGAAAUUGACUACCACAAAGCAACUUUUCAAGCUUUUGAACAGUUUGGAGACCAACUGCUGAACAACAAUCAUCAUGCUAGCGAAGAUAUCGCGAAUCGCCUGAGCGAUGUAAACUUCGCGCGACAAGAACUUGAGGACGCUUGGAUUGGUAGACGAAAUGUACUCGACCAAUGCCUGGAAUUGCAGUUGUUUUACAGAGACUGUGAACAGAUUGAAGUAUGGAUGUCAGCACGCGAAAACUUUCUUGCCCAAGAGGAUCCAACGGGAGGUAAUGUAGAGUCUCUGGUCAGAAAACACGAAGAUUUCGACAAAACCGUAAUUAGUCAGCAAGAGAAGAUCGCUGAACUGCAGCAGUUUGCCAGUCGGUUGAUCAACAACGACCAUUAUGAAAAGGAUGCGGUCGUUCGCAAACUUCACAUGAUCUUGGAAAGAUGGGAACAUCUCAAGUCCGCUCUCACUGAAAAGAGAGGCAAACUCAGAGAAUAUCAAUCAUUGGAGCAGUUUAGUUGUGAUGCUGAUGAGAUCGAAAACUGGAUAACCGAAAAACUUCAGGUAGCACAAGAGCAGGACUACCGCGACUCCACGAACAUACAGCAAACGCUACAGAAGCAGCAGUUGUUUGAUGCCGAACUGGCAGCUAAUGCCGACCGUAUCGCUAGACUAGUUUUGGUAGGCAAGAACCUCAUUAAUACUGGGACUUGUGCUGGAGGUGAAGAUGCCUUGUGCGCUCGUUUGAACGCAUUGGAGGAACAAUGGCAGUUGCUCAUAAGGACUAGCACUGAAAAAAGCUGCAGGCUUAAGAAAGUUGCCGAACAGAAGAACUUCACGUUGGCAAUCAAAGAAUUGGAGAUCUGGCUCAAAGAAGUAGAAACGCAUCUUCAAUCUGACGAUUAUGGAAAAGAUCUGACUUCAAGCGAGAACCUGAUAAAGAAACAUAGUCUUCUGCAAGCUGAUAUUAGCGACCGUCAUAAUCUCUUGGAAGAGUUGAAACACCACGCAUACCAAUUGGAGAAUGAAGAACUUGUUGGAAAACAAGUGUCUGAGCGUCUUAGGAUCAUUCUCAACCGCUACGAGCAGAUCAAGACUUUGGCCGCGGAUCGCCAAGUUAAGCUGAACAAGCGCUUAAACAUCUACCAGUUUUUCCGUGACCUAAGCGAAGAAGAGUCUUGGAUCAGCGAGAAGAAGAUUCUCGUCUCGUCCGAUGACUACGGUCGUGAUCUUCCGGGUGUGCAGAACCUUCGGCGUAGGCAUCGCCGACUUGAGAAUGAGCUGGCUAGCCAUGAGCCGCAUAUGCACCAGCUUCGUCAGAAAGGCGAAGAGUUGUCAGACUCAGAGUCUGUGGAUGAGGAAAUCAAGAAAAGAAUGGCUGAGAUGGAGCGCAGCUGGAAGGAGAUUAGUGAUCUUGCUAGUGGCCGCCGUCAGAAACUGCUGGACUCUGAGGAGUUCCACGAAUUUAUGUGUAAGCUUGAAGAAGAGGAAGCCUGGAUGAAAGAGAAGAAACAAGUGUUAGAAUCUGAUAAUUAUGGCAAUGAUAUAGCUAGUGUCCAAGGACUUCUAAAGAAACACAGCAACUUCGAAGUUGAGCUUCAACACCACAAGGAGAACUUUGAUAAAUUGAUUUGUGAGGGACAACAGCUCAUUGACUCCGGAAACCAUCAUGGGAAGGAAGUAAAGGACCGCUGUGAUCAACUUUCCAAUCGUCUGCGCGACAUCGAGAAUAUGGCAGAGCAGCGCCUUCAGAGACUGAGUAGUAAUUCUACUUUUCUACAGUUCAUGUGGAAAUGUGAUGUUGUCGAGAGUUGGAUCGCUGAAAAGCAAAAGCAAGUCUUAUUCGACGACUGUGGUAGAGAUCUAUUAUCCGUGCAGCUUAUCCUCACGAAGAUUGGGACGCUUGAUGCAAGCUUAAACGCUUUUAAGCUUGAAGGAAUACAAAAGAUUAUGGAACUGAAAGACCAGCUCGUCGGCAGUAAUCAUCACGACGCCUUGGCUAUUCAGAAGCGCUAUGCUGGUGUGAUAUCUCAGUGGCAUCAACUUGUUUCGCAGCUAGACAAACGCCGCCAAAAACUAAACCAGAUGUUGGAGAAGUUUAAGCUUGUUGAGGAAUUGUAUCUGGCAUUUGCUAAAAAAGCGUCCAAUUUCAACUCAUGGUUUGAAAACGUCGAAGAGGAUCUGACGGAUCCCGUUAGAUGCAGUUCACUGGAAGAAAUACAGGCACUCCGUCAAGCGCAUGCUGAAUUCCAGCGUUCGCUAAGCUCUGCUGAGGAGGAACUGCGAAGCUUGAAAGCUUUGGACAGAAAAAUCAAACUGCACAGUGGGGAUUCUAACCCAUACACAUGGUUCACUAUAGAUACGCUCGAAGGAUCGUGGCAUCACCUCAAAAGAGUCGUCAAGGAGCGCGAAGUUGAACUGCAGAAAGAGAAGGCGCGUCAAGAGCAAAAUGACUCGUGGCGUCUGGAUUUCGCCAACCAAGCUGAUAAGUUCUAUGGCUGCUUGGCAGGAACUCGUCAGGAGAUGCUGGAAGCUGGCGGCACUCUUGAGGAGCAGCUGGAAAUCUUGAAGCGAAAAGGGGGCGAAAUCAAAGCAAACAAGGCUCAGCUGCUUCAGAUUGAAGAAAAGGGUGCACUACUGGAGAAGAACCUAAUUUUUGACAUCAGGUACACUGAACACUCGACCGUAGGUCUCUCCCACGCAUGGGAACAACUUCAUCGUUUGGUAAUGAAAAUGCAGCACAGUUUGGAACAACAAAUACAAGCAAAAAAUCGCUCAGGAUUAAGCGAAGAAGUUUUGCGCGAGUUCUCUAUGAUGUUCAAACAUUUUGACAAGGAGAACAGCGGGCGUUUAGACCACCAGCGCUUCAAAAGUUGUCUUCGAGCGCUCGGCUAUGAUCUUCCCAUGGUGGAUGAGGGCAAGCCGGAACCAGAAUUUGACCGCAUCCUGGAUAUAGUCGAUUCAAAUCGUGAUGGUUACGUAACCUUACAAGAUUAUAUGGCGUUUAUGAUCAGCAAGGAAACCGACAACAUCCAAUCUCGUGAAGAGAUUGAGACGGCAUUCCGCGCACUAUCUAAAGAUUUCCGUCCUUACGUAACCGCCGAAGAGCUUUACGCGAACCUUCCCACGAACCAAGCCAAAUAUUGUGUGGAAAGAAUGAAGCCGUACCUGGAAGCAAGUUCCAGUCACACCAUUCAAGGUGGUCUCGACUACGACCAGUUUGUGCACGACGUUUUUAAAGGCUAG